AUGAACUCUGGAUCAAGAUUAGAUGUCAGAAUUCGCUUAACUAAAUAUUAUGUUUGGGCAUCUAUCUUAAUUAAUCAGAAUGAACAUUUUUUACACAAAUUUUGGCCUGAGAAAUGGUGGGAAGGAAAGUUUUUUAAUGAAUCUGAAGUGUAUAUUGAUAUAUCUGGUGAUUUUGUCAUAUUUACACCUGUAUAUAUUGGACAAGAUAAUACCGAAGAAUUCAACGAGUUUGCUGGUAUUUUUAAUCAUAUAAUCGAAAUGCCAUAUUCAUUUGAACCGGAAGAAACUGUUUCUAAAGAAGUGCAUCAUAAAUUUAUUUUUAUGAUCGAGCCUGAUGCAUCUGAGUUUUAUAUACGACUGAUGCAUGGAGAGCAUGAUGAGAAUAAAUACAGUAAUUAUUUAGCAAUAUUAAAACAUAAAAUUAGUUUUGAAGUUGGUAGAACUGUUUAUGGAUUGUAUGUCAACCUUACCGAAAAUACAAUCACAACUUAUUCAAUGGAUGUGAGGAAAUUUUGUUUUAAAAAAAUUUAA